GGUCAGCCCGCUCUCAAGUACUACCCCGACAACAUCAAGGCUGCUCCGGGGUCCAUGGUCCAGUUCCAGUUCUGGGCCGGCAACCACACCGUCACCCAGUCCGACUUUGACCACCCUUGCACGCCCAUCCACCAGGUCAACAGCUCCAUCGCUGGCAUCUGGUCCAGCUACAUGCCCGUUGCUGCCGGCGCCUCCAAGAAGGAGAUUCCCGUCUUCACCGUCAUGAUCAACGAUACCAAGCCUAUCUGGAUCUACUGCAGCCAGGGCAAGCACUGCUCCGCCGGCAUGAGCAUGGUCAUCAAU